AUGUACUUAAGCAUACAUUCGUUCAUACGGCCCUCCUUUUCUGGCACAAUAUCCCACAGCCAAGAUGGCCAUGGCCAGAAAAAGUUCGAUUUGGACUCCCAGGAUGAGGCGACAACAACAGAUAGCGAGGAUUACGAUGACGAUACGGAGACGUUCCGUGAAGACAAGGGUAAAAGUAAAGAAUACGAUGGUGACACGAAGCUCCCGGAGACAAUGGCAAAACCAAUCGGCCAGCAGAGGGCAGGUGGUUUGGACUCGAACGCGCAAGUAGGCCCUCCAGGCGGUGCGGUCAAAUUCGACCUACUCCCCCGAGUGCCUAAAGAGGAGAUGGCUGAGGCAGACUGGUGGUCGCGAUGGUAUGCAACGCUAGAGGAUCACGAGGAGCAACUAAAAGAUGCAAGAAAUACCAUUUUAUUCAAAUAA